GAAAAAAAUUGGCAGAAUUUUUAGUAAACAAUUACUCUAGGCGCAAUUUCAUUAAAAAGCAGCUGCCGAUUUCUUUUUAUUAUUAAAUAAAAAUUGAAAAAACAAUUACAAUGUUUGAGUAAAAUCUGCCAAGUAAACAAAAACUUAAUAAUAUUAAACAAAUAGAAGUAUGCAAAUUUAAUAAAAAUUAUUGGUGCUGCUGUUAAUUAUUAAAAUAAAAUUACUUAAAUUUACAUUUAACUAUUACAAAACAAAAACAAACAAAACAUGGAUACAACUAAUACAGUGCCAGAUGGCGGUUGGGGUUGGGUUAUAGUAGCAGCGGUAGCUUUAAUAAAUAUGACCAAUCAAUCUAUAUUAUCGGUAUUUGGUUUACUAUUCGGUUCCCAGUUGCAGGAAAUGCAACAGGAAACUUUCACCGCCGCCUUAAUAAACAAUCUCAAUAGUUUGGCUUUGAAUUUUUCGGGUCUUUUUAUAGGGCCCGCCAUAAAAAGUUUUAAGCCACGCAAUGUAGCCGCUACGGGUUGUAUAAUGGUGUCGUUUGGUUUAAUGUUGUGUGCCUUUGCUACACAGGGUUGGCAUUUCAUUAUAGGUUAUAGUUUUUUUGUGGGCAUAGGUUUGGGUUUGAUUUCACCCUCUACCUUUAUGGCUAUAAAUUCUUAUUUUUCUUCUAAACGUGGCCGAGCCGUAGGAGUUUCUUUGGCCGGUGCUGGUUUGGGACAAGUUUUUAUACCUCAUAUUGUUAGAAUCUUUUUGGAGAAUUAUGGUUUUCGUUUUGCCGUUAUGGCCAUGUCGUUUUUGUCUUUGACCGGGCUUAUCGGUGCCUUAUUAUUGAAACCUUUGAAUCAACAUAAACAUAAUAAUCGUCAACAUUUAAAAUUAAUUUUAGAGAAUAACGAUAAACAAGCUAAAGAUGAUUCUAUAAUGGAAAUCAAAAUGAAUACAAAUUGUCCUGAUAAUGAUGAUAAUAGCAAAGAUAAACAAAAAUGUCAGGAGUCGGCUUUAUUAACACAAAAUAAUAAAGUUUAUCAAGAUUGUACAGAGAAAUUGGAACAACAUUUAUUGCCCGAAUCGAAUAAAUUAUGCAGUAAGAUUUGUCAACGUCUAGUACAGGCCAUGGAUUUGGAAUUGUUAAAAGAUCCGGCUUUUUGGAGUAUAAUUAUUGGCAUGGCUUUGGUUUAUACUUCGACUAUUAAUUUUACCAUGAUUUUUCCCAGUUUUUUGCAGUACUCGGUAGGCUUUACCAAAUCCGCCACCGCCAGUUGUAUGUCCAUAAUGGCUGGAGCUGAUAUCAUUUGUCGUUUGUUGCUGCCCUGCAUAACAGAUAAAUUGAAAAUACCUUAUCGUAUUAUAUUUUUAUUGGGCACAGUGGGUCUCUUAAUAUCCAGAGCUGCUCUCGCUGAAUCUGUAGAUCUUACCAGCAUUAUUGUUAUGUCCAUCUUUACCGGUAUGACUAAAUCGGCCACUGUUUUAAAUAACAAUCUAACCAUAUCGGAUCAUGUUAAACCCGACAAAUUACCUGGAGGUUUAGGUUUAAAUAUGAUUUCUAAAGGUGUUUUAGUUAUAACAAUUGGUCAAUUAUUGGGUUGGAUAAGAGAUUUUACCGAUUCGUAUGUUUUAUGUUUACAUGCACAAAAUGGUCUCCUACUUUUGGUUAUAGUCAUUUGGACGCCAGAAAUUUUCUAUAGAUAUCGUAAAUAUUUAAAAGUUAAGAGAUUGGCUAAACUGCAACCAACUGUAGAAGAUGUAGAACAACAACAACCAUUGGAACAAGCUAAAUGUUUGCCUCUUAAAGCAAACAACAAAAGUGACUGCUAAAUUUUCUUAGUGGAAAUGAGUAAGAAAGAAAAAACUGAACCUAACUAUUAUUUAUAAAUUAAUGCCUGAUAUUUUAAGCGGUUUUUUUUAUAUUUAAAGUAUUAUUAGUUGCUAAACUAAUUGUAAGCCAAGUGAACAUGUUAUUAAGGUGAUAUUGUCAAUAAUUUAGUUUUAAGAUUUAUUUUUAAUAACUUUUUUUGAUAAGACUUAUUUAAUGAAUAAAUAAAACAUUUUAUAUUAAAAAAUA